CCUCCCUGCCCAACAACAAAACAAAGUCAAAUGACUUUCUGACAGCCUGCAGGGUGUUGGUCAUUAUCUGAUGCUUUCAGACAACCUUGUGCAAACACAUACGGUGGAGCCAUAUGCGCCGCGGGGUUUAACACAAAAGACACCUCCAGUAUUUUGGUGCCAUAAUCCACGGUUGCCAUCACCUUCAGCCUUUUUCCUUUGGUGAAGUCAGCAAACAACCAACAAUGGGCCUUGAGAGGUCAAAGACAAUUUUGAAAUUCCUGUUUUUUUUCUCGAUUGCAACGUCCAUCAUGUUCUUUGCACCUACAUCAGUUCGAUUCUUGAUUGGAUUCAUUCCGAUGGACAAAUGCACUUUGGAAAGAGCAGAAAUGUUGACUUCAGGUAACAGUGCAGACGCAAGCCUCGAUCUUUGGUCUCGGAAUGAUGUGCAAACAUGCACUUCCUGGAAGGCUCCCAUCAUCUGGGAGGGAAUGUUUAAUCCCAGUCACUACGACCAGAUACACAGAAACGAAGGAUCUUCUGUCGCCUUGACUGUGUUUGCAGUCGGCAGGUACCUGGAUGCCUACCUGGAGGCUUUCCUGACCUCAUCAGAGCAACACUUCAUGUCGGGUUUGCCCGUGUCGUACUACGUGUUUACGGACACGCCUGAGAAAGUGCCAAACAUCAAGCUUGCCCCCAACCGGCGCCUGACAGUAGUCAAAGUGGAGAGACAGGCGCGGUGGCAGGACAUCUCCAUGAUGAGGAUGAAGGCGAUAUCAGACGUCAUCGAGUCGGAUAUCCGCCACCACGCCACGCACGUCUUCUGCUUUGACGUCGAUCAAGUGUUCACUGGCAGAUUUGGCCCCGAAGCUCUGGGAGACUCAGUGGCUCUGCUUCACGCCCACUACUAUCACCUCCCCAAGAGGCUGCUCACCUACGACCGCAACCCAAAAUCCAAGGCGUUCAUGAAAACUGGGGACUUCUACUACCACGCUGCCGUCUUCGGAGGCUCCUGGAGGAGCGUGAAGGCGCUGACGGAGGCCUGCGACCGCAGCAUCAAGGCGGACAAAGAGAACGGAGUGGAGGCCUUGUGGCACGACGAGAGUCAUUUGAACAAGUACUUCUGGCUUCACAAGCCCAGCAGGAUUCUCUCUCCAGAGUUCUGCUGGGACACCAGGAUCGGCUACAGGAGAGACAUUGAGGUGUAUCGGCUGCUGUGGGCACCCAAAGACUACGCUAACCUCAGGACGUCAUAGAUGACUCUGAUUCAUUUCACUUUCAAACUCAGAAAUAUUAAAUAGUAAAUCUCACUGAGAUCAAAGACCUCUACUGACAUUCGCAGUUUUUUUUUCCUCAUCUGUUAGACUGAAAUUGUUUCUGCUUUUACUACAAUUUUUUUAGUUUGCAAGAUUAGGGAUUAAAAAUUUUUUUAGUAAAACUCUUGAUAGGUUAUGGAGGAUCAUGUGACAAUGGAUUUUUUAAAAACUAUUCAAUUUCAUGGAAUAUUUAAUGUUUUAUUAUUGUGAUUAUUUGUUGGAAGUUAAAUUGUUUUGUACUGCAGCUCAACUCAGGUAGCUGAACUUUUGCACUGAAACCUCAAAACAUGUACUGAAGUCAGCAUCACACUUUUGUCUUUAUGGAACUUUUGAACUUUAUCAAUUUUCUGUCUAAGAUUAAAUUACAUGAAUUCAAAUAUAAUAUUUGCAGUGAAUAAAAUAUGGCACAAUUUUA